AUUGUCAGUGUCACUCAAUUCGCAUGACAGCUAGUCAAAUCAAAUCAUGUCUGACAUUUCAAAGGAAUUAUUAUUGUAAUCGAGUUAUUUUCAUGAAAUCUUACAUAAAUUACUCCCAUAUUUCUGGUUUCGUGAAAUAAGGAUAAAUAGCAGGUACUGCCAAAUUAGUCUGCGUAUUACAAUGACCAUAUCUACAAGAAGGCUAGUGCAGAUCGCAGCAUGGGGAGGCUUGGUCGUUGCCGGUACUGGGUUUUAUUUACAACAACGGGUAGUUGAUAGGGUUAGAAAUUAUGACUACUAUAAACAUGCUCUGAAAAACUUACGAGCGCACUCUGGUGCCGUCCAAUAUCUGGGAGAACCAAUAAAGGAUAGGCGAUUUAAGCUGAGUGACUCUACAAAUAACUUUUCUGAUGGGAAGACAGCUAGAUUUAGUAUACCAGUAUCAGGACCUAAAGACAGAGGUACUUAUUAUUUUUGGGCUGAAAGAGAUAACGAGGAAUGGAAGAUAACAAGAGCAGAAUUAGAGUUAAAAUCCAAUCAGGAUGCAAGACUUGUGAUUUCGAAAAAAAUGAAUCCUGUAUUUGUUGGAACAUCAAAAGAGAAGUUUAACUAUCACAACACACUACUAUGCCUUGUUCAGGCUAUGCAGGGGAAAAAUACGACUGUGGAUUUGCGUAAUGAUUCCUAUAUUUGUGGACUUGUUGUAGCUGUAGAUGGUUACAUGAAUAUGACUUUUGAGAAUGCUGUGUAUUGUGAUCCUCAAGGAAAUGAAUAUCAUUUUGAUAAUUUAUUCAUACAGUCUCGUAAUAUUAGAUAUGUACACAUCCCAGAAACUACAUCUAUCCUAUUGGCAAUAAAAAGAGAAAUUGGUGGAAGUAAAAAGCGAAUACCUGACAAAAAGGCUGUUACUAGUUCGAGAAAAGUGAAGAAGGCUCUUAAACAGCAUAUGGAUACAGUAGCAUCUUUGGAGUAAAUACUUGGAUAUGAUUGUAUACUUAAUAUUAAAUUUCAUCUUCACAAAGUUUA